AUGAGUAACCAGAACAGCCGCUCCCAGGCUGGCUCUCCGUCCAAUGAGGGCGCCCGAGCCCGGAGGGAAUUUCGGCCCAUGGACGCGAUCCUUGUUGACCGUGCUCCUCUAACUGAGGAGGAGAAGGAAGCGCGGAAAGCCCGUGGCUUUUCGGAAAACUAUAUGGGGGAUUAUAACAAUGAGAGAAACAAGUCCGCGGACAUCCCGGACGACCAAAAUUGUUCCCUGUACAUUACAGGGCUUCCACUCAACGUCACAGUGCGGGAUAUCUUCGACGACAUCCGCGACAUCGGCAAAGUGUACUCGCUGCACAUCUCACCGAGGAGUGACAGUCACUCGAAGGCUGCUGCUGCCGUUGUUUUCUUUACUCGAGCCGCUGCGGAGCGGUUCUACAACCGUUUCAAGACAAGAGACAAUCCGACUGUCCGCUGGGGCGGUGCGGUCGCCAACCCAGGCCGCAUCCUGGGUCGAAUGCCUGUGAAUGUAGUCUGGAACCAGGUAAAGGCCGCACCCUUUACUGAGCGAGAUCACGUUACCAGGGUCAUACAAGUUGAGGGCCCUUCCGACAUUGUGAAUGAGAAAUUUCUCCUAUCGUAUUUUCGGACCAAGUGCCGAUUCGAUAUGGAGGAUAUCUCAGUCCUUUGGGAAGGCUUCUGCGACGUACCUGUGAGCGGAGGACAACCUCCCGCUCCCUCAGCUGCUUCCGUUCACGCCGAGCCACCUGCUCAGGCCCCGGCGAGACGCCAGGGUCGAGCUCUCGCAUCGACUAACUGGCGUGAGCGUGCUCACCCAGUCACUGCUGAGCCUGAGGCAGAACCUCAGGAAAAUGCUGCUGUUCCCACCACUCGCACACACAGCAGAAUUAUGGAGUUCCGGUUCGGGACCGUCAAGGGCCAGGCACUGGCCUGUAGGAUGGCCUUGGACUGGGAGUUCAAGGAGAGAGGGGUCAUGUGCCGUUAUGCUAGUGCUGGCUGCUCGAGGUUUACGGAAAAUCGGAGUCCAUGGAUAUCGAUCCUUCCUCCAGCGCCGGUGUUGGUCUCAAUACUUGAUGUGAGGUUGUUAGCGCUUUUCGCUUUGCUGAUGUUACUCCCGUCCGGCUAUGCGGGGGUGACCAGGUGCGAAAAUUCGGUAAGUGGGAGCGGGAUGGAUUCGCUUGCUUGCUUCUUCUUCUGGUGGUGGUGGUGGUGGUGCCGUGAUGACGGCGUCGUCGAGUUCUUGGUACCAAAGGGGGGUCUGUAG